AUGUGUGGGGGGCCCGCAGGCAUUGCAGAAGAUGGAGCUGUCAAGACGUACAUGCUGGACUAUGACCACGGCUUCACUGCGCCUAUGAUAGGUCGCAAAAGCCGGAUACCCCACCGGAGUUUGCAUAUCAUUUCCUACGCGGUGGUCGCAACGGUCGUGAUAUUCCUCGUCGUUCAGUGUGCACUGCAACUAGCAGGCAGAAGAAACUUCAACGGCUGGUCCCGGAGGAGGCUCGCAGAACAAGCUGCGGAAAGAAAGGGAUCUUCAGCUGGUGAUCGAGACGAAGCAGCACAAGGGGCUGGGUACGCACUGCCCUUUCUAUCAGCAGGCACUGCGGGAGUUGGGGGAUACUUGACAGGGAGUGAAGGAGGAACAAAGCAGAAGCCUGGACACCCAGCCCAUCAACUACCUGCGGGUCCGAAGGGUGCUUGGGCAGAUCCAGGGAAAAGUUCGGCAGGAGGGACACAGCCGCUUGUGUUUGAAUUGGUUGAUAUGUCAGGAGGUUCUGGAAAGGGUAGGGAGUCUGGUGAACGGCCAACAGAUGUACUAGAACGGCUUCCCUGGCAGCGAAUGACUGGUGCGCAGGGGCCUGAACGUCCCGCGGGGAGUCUCGAUGCAGAGGACCCAUCGGGGUUGCCUGGAACAUCACAAGGAACAAAGCAGAAGCCUGGACACCCAGCCCAACAACUACCUGCCGACGCGGAGGGUGCUUGGGCAGAUCCACGGAAAAGUUCGGCAGGAAGCACACCGCAGCUUCUGUUUCCAUGGCGUGAUUUAUCGGCAGUCGGUGCAACGGGUGGGGAGUCUGAGAAAGAGCCAGCAGAUGUACCACAACAGCUUCCCUGGCAGCGAAUGCCUGAUGCGCAGGGGCCUGAACGUCGUGCGGGGCGUCGCGGUGCAGAGGAACCAUCGGGGUUGCCUGGAACAUCCCAAGGGACAACGGAAGAGCCUGGACACCCAGCCCAACAACUACCUGCCGACGCGGAGGGUGCUUGGGCAGGUCCAGGGGCAAGUUCGACAGGAACGACACAGCAGCUUGAGUUUGAAUUGGUUGAUAUGUCAGGACGUUCUGGAAAGGGUAGGAAGUCUGGGGAACGGCCAGAAGAUGUACCAGAACAGCUUCCCUGGCAGCCAAUGACUGAUUUGCAAGCGCCUGAACAUCCUGCAGGGAUUGGCGAUGCAGAGGAAGCAGGGCAGGAGCCUGCAAAGUCCCAAAAGCCAACAGCAGCUCCGGCUGUCCGGGAAUAUGGGGGAGCGCUAACAGCUGUACAAGGAAAGCAAUCCAGUGGGGACAGUUGGGGAACCGAGGAAGCUAGUGCAGCUGGAGAAAUGCCGCAUCCCAGUGCAGGAGCAUCCCAGCAAACAACUGCGUCCGCCGUAACCAAGGCAGGUGGUCCUCUCGUGGCCGGCCUAAAACGAGUAGCUACAUCCGCAGCGGGUGCGCUUGAGUCGUUCUAUCAGCCUGAUUUCCCGGCAGGCUGGAUGUACGCCUUCCCACUUAUCGGCGAACGGGAGACGGGAGAAAACCUGAACACCGUGUUGCGCUUCCUUCAAAGCGCUGGAAGCCAGCCCAGACCUCCUCAUCCGGGGCGAUUUAGGAUAAGAUUUAGAGGCUUUUCUAUCGAGAUUAGUGUUUCUCAUACGGUUUCCUCUCCUGGGUGGCCAAGCGACAGAAUUUUGCAAGCCGCCGCGAUAUUUAUGGAAAACUUCUGUGUGGAUGCGACUGCGCUUUUCGAGAAUGGAGACAGUCGACGCUUAAUAGAGAGAAGCGUGGAGUUGAAGACGGAAGCUGGCAGCAAUAUAACGGGUUGUCUCACGAUCCAACUUGUCGAAGAGACACAUACGGAUAAUUGCAAAGCAUAG